AUGCACACCCUCGACACACUGACUCUGCUGCUUUCCUUUCUCGUCGCCUCUUUCCUUUGCUGUAUGCUUUUCGCCUUUGCGAAAUUGGGUGCGUCGCUACGAUUGUUCUCUGCGAAGGGGCCGCAGCUUCCACUCCUGCGUGCGCACCUCGCUCCAACACGCCUCUUGACCUCGCCCCGGCGGCCACAACAAGCUGUCCCCACGCCUCGCCAUCACCACGGCUACCUCGCCGCCCGGCCCCACACCAUAUCGAACAUGUUCAAGCAAGCGAUACAGAAACACGAUGUCGUCGUCGCCGCCGCCGCCGCCACUCCAGCGUCCUCGAACCCUGCCUACAAGCAGCCGUCGCUCGCCAACGCAUUGAGUCGCACGGGGUCUACACAGCGGCCAGGAACACGCCCGUCCGCGUUUGGUAUGGACAACAUGGCGAGAAAGAACGCCGCAGGGGCACACCGAUCUCCACCUCGGCUACCGCAUGGGACGAAACGGACGUCGAGCGGCUUAGCCAAAUCCCGGAGCUCUCAUGAGGACGUCUUUGAAUACCCUGCACUCAACAUCUCGGAGAUGGAGAAGGAGAAUGAUUUCCCUGCCUACCAUACCUCUUCACGGAGCAACACGGGCGGGCUAGCCACAGCACUGUUCGACGAGGACGAUUUUGACAGCGACAUUGACCUCGAUGUUGAGGACCCUGCGACAAAAGGCACCGUUACCUAUCCAAAGCUGCCUCCUGCAUCGCCAACAGCUACCAAGGACUCUGGAUACUCGUCACGACUGCAGUCGAUGCAACCCAAGAUCGAGCUGGAUAGCAGCCAGCCCAUCCCAUGGUCAUCUUCCCCAGCCGAACACUUCAAGACGCCGCCCAAACCGCAACCGCCGAAGACCAAACGACGCACCUUGCCCUGGUCCCAGCCGUCCCAGCCUAAGCAGCAGCUGACGCCUGAGCCCGAGGAGGACAUUUUGGCGAACAAGAAGCGGAAAUCGGCAGCUGUUACAACCAGCAGCACCUUCACACCCUUGCCCAAAGACUCAUCGAGGUCGCAGUAUCCAUGGAACACCACAGCUAGUGCGCUCAAGCUGCAACAGAAGAGUCUGAGGGAACAGCACAAGGCCAAGGUCGCUGAGAGCAUCGAUGACACGGAGAAUGUCAAGAAGAAGAAGAACGUCAUCGCCAAGAUGUUCCUGAGUGACGAGCAGAAGAACGUACUGGACCUCGUCAUCCAGCACAAGAAGAGUGUCUUCUUCACAGGUUCUGCUGGUACUGGUAAAUCCGUGCUGCUGCGCGAAAUCAUAUCAGGCCUGCGGAAGAAAUUCAUCCGUGAGCCCGAUCGAGUCGCCGUCACAGCAUCUACAGGAUUGGCGGCGUGCAAUAUCGGCGGUGUCACCAUACACAGCUUCGCAGGUAUCGGUCUAGGUAAGGAGCCUGCAGAAGAUCUGGUCAAGAAGAUCCGACGCAACGCCAAAGCCAAGCAGCGAUGGCUGCGCACCAAAGUCCUGAUCAUGGACGAAGUCUCAAUGGUCGACGGCGACCUCUUCGACAAGCUGGAGCAAAUUGCGCGUACCAUCCGAAACAACGGCCGGCCGUUCGGUGGGAUCCAACUGGUCAUCACCGGCGACUUCUUCCAACUGCCACCGGUGCCAGAAUUUGGAAAGCAGUCAAAGUUUGCGUUUGAUGCUGGGACGUGGAACACAUCCAUCGAGCACACGAUCGGACUGCACCAUGUCUUUCGUCAGAAAGACCCCGUGUUUGCAGGCAUGCUGAACGAAAUGCGCGAGGGGCGCAUGUCGAACGAGUCCAUUGCGAACUUCAGAAAGCUAGACCGACCGUUACCAGCCUCGGAAGGCAACAUCGAAGCCACGGAACUGUUUCCUACCCGGAUGGAAGUGGACCGCGCCAACACCCUUCGCAUGCAGCAGCUGCACGGCGACACGUUCAGCUUCGAAGCGCGCGACGGCGGUACCAUAACGAACAAGGAGCAGCGCGACCGACUGCUGCAGAACUGCAUGGUGCCUGAAGUGGUGCAUCUGAAGAAGGGCGCACAAGUUAUGCUGGUCAAGAACAUGGACGACACUCUCGUGAACGGCUCUCUCGGCAAGGUCAUCGGCUUUAUGACCGAGCAGCAGUUCACGUUCUGGAAGGAGAACGAGGAGGACAUGCUCGAGGGCAACAUCUCAGAAGCGCAAAUGAAGAAUGAGAUGGCGAAGACGAUGCUGGGCCUCAACACCGCGCAGGUCUUCCCUCUGAUCCGCUUCGCCAUCGCCGACGGCACGACGCGUGACCUCCUCUGCAAACGCGAAGACUGGAAGGUCGAGCUACCGAACGGCGAAGUACAAGCCAGCCGAAGCCAGAUCCCGCUCAUCCUCGCCUGGGCGCUUUCUAUUCACAAGGCGCAAGGCCAGACACUGGAGCGAGUACGCGUCGAUCUGGGCCGCGUGUUUGAGAAGGGCCAAGCGUACGUAGCCCUCUCGCGUGCCACGAGCAUGGCCGGUCUGCAGAUCCUGCGCUUCGACCCGAGGAAAAUCAUGGCGCACGACAAGGUCAGGUCUUUCUACUCGAGUCUGUCGCGCGCGGAGCAGGUCGAGGCCAAGACCAAGAGCACGACGAUCCUGGGCAAGAUGCAGGCUGCGAAUGACAAACACAAGAACAAGACUGUCGGUGAAGAGUGA